UGGCUGCUCCUGAGAAGUUGGGGGAGGUGCAGGCCCCUAACUCAGGGCCUGUCAGCGCACCCCACUUCACCUUCUCUUGCUUUCGCGUGGCUCCCCGCUCUCCCUCCUUUCCUCUCUGGGUCCUCCGGGGCUCCGCAGCUCGUUAGCCUGGCUAGUUAGCUCCGUUCUGACCCCAUCCACCUGUGCGCGCCUCUCCUGCCUCACCCUUUCUCUGCUCUUCUAGUCGCCUGCCAAGGUCUCCCAGGUUCUUUGUUUUUGUUUUCCUACAUCCCUAUAGCCCCUCGCAGCCCCUGCAAACACCACACCUUCUCACCCGCAACCCCACCUGCCCCGCACUUUCCUCGACCUAGACCCCUGGCCUCCCUCCUCUUUGCUCCCUGGGACCGCCCGCCGCACGGUUCGGGUCCACGGCUUUGGCCACCCCUGUACCUCUCCCGCUGGCUCACCAGAAAACCAGCCCUAACUCGCCAGGGUGCGUCCCCCGUCUGCCUCCUCUUCCCGGCCCCGCCCCGGCUCCUCCCGGCCCCAGGGGCCCUCCCGCCCCUCCAGACUCCAGCGCGGGCUGGGCCGGCCGCCUGAGGACGCAGAGCCGCGAGGAGGGCAGGGCUUGACCUGAGGACCCCCAGAGCUGGCGGAGGCUGGACCCCGAGGUACCCGGGGCCCCAGGCCCUGGGGUGGGGUUCCUGGAGGAGGCCCACGAGUGGCCCUUUCCCUGGGCCGGGUCAUGCGCUGCCGCAAGUGCCAGCUCUGCCUGUCAGCCCUGCUCACACUCAUGGGCCUCAAGGUGUACAUCGAGUGGACAUCUGAGUCCUGGCUUAACAAGGCUGAACCCCGGGGCCCCCAGCCCAGCCCCACACCGCCCUUCGCUGAGCCCACCCUGCCCGCCAACCUCUCGGCUCGCCUGGGUCAGACCGCGCCACUGUCCCGAGCUUACUGGAACCAUCAGCAGCACCACCUGGGAGCGCUGCCCAGCACGGACUGUCAGGCGUGGGGGGCUGUCGCUGCCUCGCAGAUCUUGGACUUCUUCUUGUACCCCCAGGACCUUCAGCGCUUCUUGCUGUCGGCGGCCUGCAGGAGCUUCCCACCAUGGCUGCCGGCAGGGGCGGGCAGCCCUGUGGCCAGCUGCUCGGAUAAAGAUGUCCCCUACCUGCUACUUGCUGUCAAGUCAGAACCAGGCCACUUCGCAGCUCGGCAGGCCGUGAGGGAGACCUGGGGCAGCGCAGCCGCUGGGACCCGGCUGCUCUUCCUGCUGGGGUCCCCGCUGGGAAUGGGGGGGCCUGACCUAAGGUCGCUGGUGACUUGGGAGAGCCAGCGCUACGGUGACCUGCUGCUCUGGGACUUCCUGGACGUCCCCUACAACCGGACUCUCAAAGACCUGCUGCUGCUGACCUGGCUGAGCCGCCACUGCCCCGGGGUCAGUUUUGUCCUGCAAGUUCAGGACGAUGCCUUUGUGCACACCCCUGGCCUGCUGGAGCACCUGCAGACUCUGCCCCCUACCUGGGCCCCAAGCCUCUACCUGGGUGAGGUCUUCACCCAUGCCAAACCGCUGCGCAAGCCUGGAGGGCCCUUCUAUGUGCCCAAGACCUUCUUUGAGGGUCACUACCCUGCCUACGCGGGUGGCGGGGGCUAUGUCAUCUCCGGACGCCUGGCUCCCUGGCUGCUGCGGGCUGCGGCCCGCGUGGUCCCUUUCCCCUUUGACGACGUCUACACUGGUUUCUGCUUCCGGGCCCUGGGCUUACUGCCCCGUGCCCACCCAGGCUUCCUCACGGCCUGGCCAGCAGACCGCACCAGGGACCCCUGUGCCAUGCGGGGCCUGCUGCUGGUGCAUCCGGUCAGCCCCCAGGACAUCAUUUGGCUCUGGAGACACCUCCGGGGCCCAGAGCUCCAGUGCUGAACCUCAAAGCUGAGCGGGGCAGGGAGGGGCUGCCCUGGCCUGAGGCCCCCAAACCCUCCCCCGCCAAGGAUGGGCGGACUAGACAAGGUGACACUCUUCUUUGAUUUGAAAAAUAUGUCCUCCCUGCUCUGAG